CGUUCAAGCGAUAAGUUGUGUUUGUGGCAAAUUAGUUGCCUCAAUUUCCGGUCGAAAGCAACAUAUUGUUUUUUUUUCUUCAAAAAUUUAUUUGAAACAAAGUUUUGGCUGCCCAUUAAUGUUGUGAUAAAAAACAUUUAGUGAUUUUUUUUUGUUUUGUAUUUAAAUCGAACACAUAGUGUUAUUGUUAAGCAAGCAUUCGCUUCAAGUAUUAUCGCGCAAUGCAUUUCGCUAAACAAUUGGCAAUUUUUGCCAUUCUUGGCUGUUAUCUAUUUACGCCGGUCGUAAAUAGUCCCUUAAAAAAUCGCGACAACAAAAGGCCCUGGGGUCUGUUGGAGGCAUUGUUAGCUGGCUCACAAAUACGAGGAUCGAAUAUGACUUGGAUAGCGGAUGAUGAAUUCUACUACACCUCUGCGGAUAGAUCCAUACACAAAUUCAAUGCGGCAACUGGUACUGACAGCAUAUUUGUGACUUCAGAGUUUUUGGAAACCUAUAGCAGCAGUAGCUCUUUUACUUUGUCUCCAGAUAAUACCAAAAUUCUGGUACGCUUCGAUGUGGAGGAGAUAUUCAGACAUUCCUACAUUGCCAAAUAUGAUGUAUUCGAUAUAGCCAGCAAAACUGCCAUUAGCAUUCAUGGCGGCGAAAAAUUGCAAUAUUGUGCCUGGUCACCCAUUAAGGAUCGUCUAGCCUAUGUCUACAAAAACAAUGUGUUCAUUCACUUCGAUGACUCUGUGGAACUACAAAUCACUUCGGAUGGCAUAAAUGGUGAACUCUAUAAUGGCAUACCCGAUUGGGUUUAUGAAGAAGAGGUCUUGAGCAGUGGCAGCGCCAUGUGGUGGUCUCCUGAUGGUAGUCGCCUGGCUGUGGGUGUCUUUAAUGAUACUGCUGUGGAGACUUUCAAAUAUUUCCUCUAUGGUGAAGCUGAAAAUCCCGAAUAUCAAUAUCCCAAAGAGGUUGAUUUGAAAUAUCCCAAACCGGGUACCAACAAUCCAGUGGUGGCUCUAAGAAUUUUCGAUUUGAGUUUAAAUCCUACCUAUGUCACUAUAACAGCCCCCAUUGGCAUUGUUACCAAUGAUCAUAUUUUGCAAAAUGUAGCCUGGACUCGUGAUCAGAAGCUGUUGAUCACUUGGUUGAAUCGCCGCCAGAAUAUUGCCUCCUUACAAUUGUGCACUGUGAGUGGAGAUUGUCGGGAAGUUAAGAGGCUCGAAGAACCCAAAGGAUGGGUCUCGAUGGGUAACCCACAAUGUUUGAAACAAAGCGAUAACUGUUUGUUUACCUAUUGGAUUGAUAAUUGGUAUCAAGUGUGGAAAUUGAACUUGGCUACAGGAGAAAAUUCGGCUACCAAGCGAGGAAAUUUCACAGUGCUACGGUUAUAUGGCUAUGAUGAGGUCAAUGAUAAAGUUUUCUAUCAGGCCACUUUGAAGAAUGAUCCCUCCAUCUAUCAUGUGUUCAGUAAUGACGAUUGCCUUACUUGCGAUUUGAAGGAUGUCGAUGGCGAUGCUUGUAAAUCAGCUGGAGCAGUCUUUAGUAAGGGAUUCUCCUACUACACUGUGGUCUGCAGUGGUCCCAAUCCCAGCUAUACCAAAGUUAUUGAGACCAAAACUAAUCAGCCCAUCAAAGAUUGGGAAUUGAAUGCUCCGUUCCGAGAAUUUUUGGAUACUAGACUUAGACCAGUUAUACAAUAUAUGAAUGUUAGUUUGGAUGGUGGUUUCACGGGAUUCGCCAAGUUAAUGCUGCCACCCAAUUUGGAUGUCAACAAAAAAUAUCCCAUGAUUGUGGUGGUCUAUGGUGGACCCAAUUCGGUGAGAGUUACUAAUGGCUUCAAUGUGGGCUUUGAGGGUUAUAUGACCACCAAUCGUGAGGUUAUUUAUGCUAUGAUCGAUGGCCGCGGCACUGGAAACAAAGGCAAAGAUUUCCUAUUCUCUGUGAACAAUCAUUUGGGUGAAUUUGAGGUUGUCGAUCAGAUAGCUGUCACCAAAUAUCUGCAGGAUAACUUAUCCUAUGUGGAUCGCGAGCGUUGUGGCAUAUGGGGUUGGAGUUAUGGCGGCUAUAUGACCGCCCGCACCUUGGCCCAAGAUAAUGAUCGUGUAUUCCAGUGUGGCAUAUCAGUGGCACCGGUAACCUCAUGGCUGUACUAUGACACCAUAUAUACGGAACGUUAUAUGGGUUUGCCUACGAAUGAGGAUAAUCUGGAGAAAUAUUUGAGAACCAGCGUUUUGGAGGAGGUGGAGAAUUUCCGUAAUCAUGAUUUUAUGUUAAUACAUGGCUCGGGUGAUGAUAAUGUGCACUACCAGCAGUCAUUGAUGUUGGCCAAGGUGUUGCAGGCCCAUGAUAUUCUGUUUGAGGAGAUGACCUAUCCUGAUGAGAAUCAUUCCAUUGGAAAUUUUCUACCUCAUCUCUAUCAUACCAUGGAUCAUUUUUGGAUUAACUGCUUGAAUUUGGAUGUUCCCGAGGAUGAUGAAUAAUUUUGCGGGUAGUUAGUUAAUGGCGGCUUUAAACCACUUACUUGCCCUUAUGAAUGGGACCUAUGCACUUGUAGAUCAAUCGUCAAAGGUUUUAUGAAAAAUUUAAAUUUUUUGAAAAUAUUUGACUGAGUUUUUUAUUGAAAAGAUUUUUUUUUUAAUUAUUUGAGUUGAUUAGAAUUCUUUAUGGUAUGUGAUACUUACGUGUAAAGGUCCCAUAAUAUAUUAGUAUUUUUUUCCUUAAAAGUAUUUUGUUAUAAAUAGCACUUAGAACUUGUUGAUAUAAGUUUUAAGAAAUUAGUUUUUGGUAUUAAAAAAUAUAACUGAAUUUAUUAGCAUUAAAA